ACUGUGAAUGUGAGCGUGUUUACAUUUGUAUAUUUUCUGUAUUUGUCGUCGUAUUGUAUCGGUUACGGGGCAAUUGGAGUAUCUUAUCUUGCUCCAAGAUAAGACACCAAGUGGCCUAUUCCAGUGGAAACUUAUUUUUUCAUCGUCUAAGAAAAAAGCAAGAAAGAAAAAGAUAUUUUCGGUUUAAGUGAAAAUUCACGGCAGCUAAAAGAUAUAAUGCCGCUUUUUGCCAAGAAGCCUGCCAAACCAGUGCCUGACACGAUACCCCACCUUGAUAACAAUAACAAAUUAUCAGCAGUUCCUGCAAAUGUACCCCGACCAGAUAACAAUGCUACAAAACAACAACUUGUUUUUCAUUGUCAACUGGCACAUGGCAGUCCCACAGGACUGAUAACAGGAUUCGCCAGUGUCAGAGAACUAUACAAAAAGAUUGCCGAGUGCUAUGACAUUCCCGUCGAAGAAAUCCUAUUUUGCACAUUAAAUUCCCACAAAGUUGACAUGUCCAAGCUACUGGGUGGUCAAAUUGGACUCGAUGACUUUAUAUUUGCUCAUCGCAAGGGUCGACCGAAGGAAAUCGAGAUUAUUAAAUCCGAGGAUGCACUUGGUCUAACUAUCACAGACAAUGGUGCUGGUUAUGCAUUUAUCAAGCGAAUCAAAGAAGAGAGUGUCAUUGAUCGUAUUCAGCAUAUUGCCAUUGGUGAUCAUAUAGAAAAGCUGAAUGGGGUGGAUAUGGUGGGGAAACGCCACUAUGAAGUGGCCAGAUUAUUAAAAGAAAUCCCUACCGGCGCCACAUUCACCAUUCGAUUGGUGGAACCGAUGAAGAGUGGAUUCCAAGGUAUUGGACCGCGUUCACAACCUAAAGCGACAGGGAAGGGCUAUGGUAGCGGCAAGGAGACACUAAGAUUCAAAGCGAAUGGCAAUGUUGAAAUCGAAGACAAACCCGACGACUCAACACAAUGCGGCAUUGAAGCUAUAAAUAAUUUGCUAGAAUCAUUUAUGGGCAUCAACGAUACAGAAUUGGCCACACAAAUUUGGGAUCUGGGUGCAAAUAAGACAAAUUCAAUGGAUUUUGCUGAAGCCAUCGAUAACUCAGAUCUAGAAUCGUUUGGGUUUACAGAUGAUUUUAUAAUUGAACUAUGGGGUGCUAUAACAGAUGCUAGACGCAGGAAGUCGAAAAAUUAAUUUUUUUUAUCAGUAAAAAGAAAAAAAAAAAAGAGUGAGAGAUAGGGGAUGUGGUGCGAUUAAAACUUUAACAGCAACUAUAUACAUAUAGAUAUUUUAUUUACAAAAGAAAAAAAAAAAAACAAAAAUGGUUGUAUUUGAGUUAUAUUAAAUUAUGCAAUGUUUCACAAAUUUUAAGUACGUUAUUAAUAAUAUUAUAUUAUUAUCAUUAUUGCGCAUUUUUUUUUGUUUGAUAUUUUUUUUUGUUUGUAUAAAAAAAGAAAAACAAGUAUUUUCAUUAUUGUAAAGAAGAAGACGCGAGGAAAAAAUAUAUCAGUGCAUUUAUAUUAUUAAACAAAUUUUUUACUUGUUUUAAUUUUU